UGAUUUUUGAUUGAAAGAUGGGUGUUUUGUGCAUGCAACUUCACGUUACAAGUGAUUCCAAGAUUAUGUCGCUGUUUUAAGUGGUGUAUUCGUGAGUGUGAGCCAAAAUGGCAGAAAAUGGACGUGAUAUUUCCGAACAGCCUAAAACAGCAGGAAAUUUGAGUUUCCUAUUCCAAUACGAUCGAUCCAAUGAAUCUGAAGUGGAUAAGGAAUUAAGACUAAGGAACUUGAAGGAACGUCAAAAUGAGGAGCGACACAAAAAGCUGGAGGAGAUUAGAGCACAAGCGUUGGCUGCACAAAGAUACAAGGAGCAUCAAGAACAAGAGCGUAGACGUAGGUUGGACGAGCUUCGGGUAAAGGAGGACGCCAGGAGGGCUCAGGUGGAGGAGAGAAAAAAGGCGAUCAACGAGGCGGAACGCGACCGUUUGGAGUCGAUUUUGAGGAGGAACCACGAGAGAGAGGCGAGGAUCGAGGCGAAGAGACGCAACGAGAAGAGCAACAUCGUGUUCGCUUUCGGUUCUUCGACGCCGCGCAUGCUCGACCCCGUCGAUCCGUCCGUGUCGUUUUGGGGCCAAAGGAGGGCCACCUCCACGCAAAACAUCCCCCUGGUGUCCUCCUCCCUCACUCGAAGGACUUCGGAAAGGGACUUGGACUUCGGAAACAAGAAGCGCGCGACCUCUGCCGGCGGAUUGGAGCGUUCUGGUGAAAGUAGUGGGCCGACGACGCCGGCCGGCUGCGCUAGCGGAUACACGGGCCGCCGACGCACCGACCUGACGCCGACGAUAACACAGAGAGAUGCCUCGUUCACGUCCUCCCGCAAAUCUUUGAACCAAUCACCAGGUAGGGCGUAUUCGAUGACGCGCUUGGACCAGCUGUCCAAGCCGAGAAAACGACAUGCUGACAUGCCGGCGCUGUCGGAGUCUGCCUCGUCCCCCCGUCCUCUGUCCUCCUCAAUGUCCUCCCGUCAAUCCUCGGUAACACGUAGCAUGAGCCACCUAGCUGUAAGUAAGACGGCCGGGCACUUUGCCUCCAACAAGCCGCUAAACAAAUCGGACAGCAGGAGUAUGCACCUGUUGCCGCAAGACGGCUCAGCAGGCCCUCGUACCACGCGCGCCACUCAAUUGAGGCAGCAAAAACUCCAUCCGACAACCUCCUCCAAUUGCAGCGAGGCAUCAUCAAGACCUAGCAGUUCUAUGAGCCAGCAAAGCACAACCAGUAUAGCUAGUUCGGUAAACGUUAGACACCGUCCAAAUGUGGCUAGAAAACCUAGACCGGCCAGUAUUGCAGUGAUGCAAGAUACGAAAAACUCCGCCGACAAAGACAACAAGCCGCCGAUACCGCGCCAGAGGAAGUCGAUCGUAAAGCAGCCGGCGAAAGCGAAACCCAAAUCCCCGAUUGAGGGCACACCCAAAUCCCUAUCGGCCGCUAAUCUAGUUAAUAAUCAAGUUAAAAAGGACCCUGGCGAUAAUAAAACACAACCGAAACCGCCAGACAAUACUGCCCACGAAGCCAAAAACGAACCUCAAGUCAUCAUCGAUAGCCCUCCAGUUAUUCAACAACAAACUGAACACACUGAUCCACCACCAAACGAUACAAUCAAAGAAGAUAAUGUAGUUAGCGAACCGACGACGAAUAAUCACCAAGCCGAAAAAAUGGAUCAAGAAAAACCGGUAAUCGAAGUGGAAGAAGUAGUCGGCAAGCAAACGGUAUCCACAUUCGUCGAGGAGGAAAUAAAUGAAAUCGUCAAAGAAAACAGUCCGCCAGUGGAAAUGACGACAUCGACGAACAACUUGGACGCUUCCGUGAUCAGCGAGAUGAGCACUUCGAUGACGAAAUCGCGAAUCAACACGGAGGAGGAAGCGAAAGCAGCUCUGGCGGAAAGGAGACGCUUGGCGCGGGAGGAGGCGGAGCGGCAAGCGGAACAGGAACGUCUGCGGAUAGAGGAGGAGGCGCGGGCGGAACUCGAGCGGCAGCAGCGGGAGGAGGAGCAAGUCAGGCAGCUGAUCGAGGAACAGAAGGCUCAGGAGGAGAAGAGAUUGCAAGAGGCGAUUCGCGAGGUGCAAAAGCGGGAGGAGGAAGAGCGGCUGAGAAAAGAGGAGGAAGAGCGAAUGAAGGUGUUGAAAGAAGAGGCGGAGAAGAGGGCAAGAGAGGAGGCGGAAAGAUUGAAGGCCGAGUUGGCGGAAAGGCUGAAAAAAGAAGAAAAAGAAAGAGAGAAGCGCCGCAAAAGAGUCGAAGCCAUCAUGUCUAGGACGAGAGGAAAGACAAACUCCAAUUCCCAACAAAACUCUGAAGAUAAAAAUGAGAAUAAGUCUGAGAAUAAUCAAAUGAAUGGUACAAAGGCAAUGGAGGAGAAUGGCAGGAAAAAUGGGAAAGAUGUGGAAAUCGUGGACAACAUAAUUCCAGAUGAAUCAAUGAAAAAUGCAAAUAACGUAACUCUAGAUCCACUUAACAGUUCGGAUUCAUUAAAUUCUAAUUCAAAUUCAGAUUCAUGGCAGGCGACACAACAGUACGGUAAUUUUAUUUGUAAUAACAAUAGUUGAGAAAAAAACAAUUAUCUGUGUUUUUCAGAUUCAUUGAUGUAAGCCUCUGAUGUAGUUAUAUAUAAAUAUUAUAAUAAAUGAAUAUAGAAUUGCCCUUAUCCUAAUAAAAAUAAUUUGAAAUUAAUUUAUUUUAUAUUGCAUGUGUUAUAUACACUCAUAGGUAGUUAGUUAGUUUUAAGUAUUUAGUUUAAUAUGAAUAUCUGCACUAUGUGUGUAUAUAUCCAGGUGGUGCAAAAAGAAUGGCAACUUCUUAUUGAUUAUUGAUUGUAUCAUAUAAAAUAUCCCAUUUUAUUAGCUGAUUAAUUUACACACUAGAUACACUUGCUUUGGCUUUUUCUGCAAAUUUCCCAAAAAGGCACGCCGCAUAAAAAGUACAUAAAGCACUCAGUUAUAACACUUAACUUAUAAACUUUUUCGGUAUUAUUGAAUUUUGACGGUCUAUAAUUUUAGUUUUAGUAUAAGUUUAUUUUUUAAGUGUUGAUAAUAAAUAUUUAGUAAUAAUCGCAAUAAUUUACCUAACCUAAGUAUGUUUAGAUUAGUUUAGAUAGUAAAUUUAAAAGACUUGAUACAGUAAAUUUUGUAUUUUUUUAAAUUAUCUAAAAAAAGGUCUCGUUAAUAGAAUGGGGUAUUUUAGUAUUGUAUAAUACAUGUGACUGAGAAUAGGUAAAAUAUGUAUCUUUAUUAUAUUUUAUAAUAAAUUGUAAAUCCCGAUCCAAAAUGAAUAUACAUGUGAUUUCAACAUUUGCAGUAUUUUUUUUCUGAGAGUAUGUUUUUUGGUCGGGACCGAUGCAAAUAAAUUUUUCUCUUCCAUAUAAACUCGGUCGAUACUAGUCAUCUUCAUUUUAUGUUAAAUUGUUGUGUAAUAUUAUCAUAAUAAUGCUGCCAACUGUUGGAACUAAUAAUAUCAUCCAACUUACAUAAUAUGGCGGUUUUAUGCAUUUUAAGAGAGUUUUAAAAAAGUCAAAUGUUUUUGUUUUAUUUGAUGUUAUGUCACGGAAAAGGGUCAUUUUGUUAUUAGCCUAAAUAAUAUAUUUUCAAAUACUGUUAGUGUGUUAUAGGUUUUUGUAUAGAUUAGAUUUAAAAAUGGUUAACAAUGACAGAUACUGCAUUGGUAUGCAAAAUGUUUUUGAAAUUUUGUCCCGAAAUUCCAUCUUGUCCUAUAAGCAAUACUUUUAACUAAAUUAACAACCAACUUUGACAAAACUUCUAAAAAAUUUCGUAGAUCAUUGUUUUUAGUACGAAAAUUUUUUCCUAUAACUCAAUUAGAAAAAUAUCCUUCAUGUAUUAAAUAAAAAUAAAAUACUACUUACGGCAUUUAUAAGAAAUUAAAUAUCCAUUUAAAUAUCGUAACCCUUCAUGUGGUUAUUAAUCACAUUAAAACGCUUGUUAAAAGUGCUUAAUAAAUGUAAAAUUUAUUUAUGAUUCUA